UCCAGUAAACUCCCGUCAGCGCUUAACCCAGGCCAGCAUCUGUCCAAACGGAGAACAGAUCCAUCAAAACCGAUAUUUGCUAUCUCUUUUGGUAUCUCUGUACGACAAUGCGCUUUUGAUACGCGUCGGCGUGGCGCGUGAGUUGGUGGAGCGCAGCUUCUAAAAGUUUCUCUCAAGUUCAGUCUGAGGAAAAGAUAUAAUGCGUCUUCUAAGCGACGAGCUUCAAUGAAAUCAUGGUUUCGUUCAUCAGUGGUAGGUGGUGGAGAUGGAAGUUCCAGAAGAUUCUCUCAGUUGUCCUGCUGCUGAUGUGCCUUCAAACAUCAGUAGCACCAAGCUGCACCACAAACUGCAAUGUGCUGCUCACCGACUCCCUGGGUUCAUUUACUUCCCCCUGCUACCCCUCUGACUAUCCACCCAGUCAGGCCUGCAAAUGGACCAUACAGGCCCCAGCCGGCUUCAUAGUGCAGAUCACUUUCCUAGAUUUUGAUCUCGAGGAAGCGCACGGCUGCAUCUAUGACCGUGUCGUCGUCAGCACUGGCACGAGCGAUGUCAAAUUUUGCGGUUUAACAGCCAAUGGAUUUACUCUCAACUCCACUGGAAAUGUAAUGGAGGUUGCCUUUAAUUCAGACUUUAGUGUCCAAAAGAAAGGCUUCCAUAUCAGUUACAAGCAAGUGGCUGUGGCUCUGAGGAACCAGAAGGUCACAAUACCAAAGAGCAGCAAGAGUAUAGUAAGAGUGUCCAACUCAGUCACCCUUCCUGAACUUACCGCAUUCACUGUGUGCUUUGAGAUUGCCCGCACUGCCGAAAAGAGCACAGAGACUAUCUUUACUCUGUCCGGCGGUGACGGGACGACAUUAUUGGCAUUUGAAAAGAUAGCGAGCGGAAUGGUGCUGUACAUAGGCGGUUCCUACUGCUCUGUAAAUGACCUGAUCAGAAGCUCGGACAUCACCUCGGACAUGGCGCUCCUAUGUCUCACCUGGACCAAGUCUUCUGGCCUCGUGGCGCUGUACUUUGGAGGCAGAUAUCGUGCCAACAUGUGCGCAUCCUCUCAGAUUUACACUCUGCAGAGUGGAGGCAACUUCCAGAUUGGAGGAAAAGGGUCAAACUUGAUCGGUGCGGAUGAACAGAAUAUGGACGGCUUCAUUUACAAUUUCCGGUUGUGGGAUUAUGCCAUGCCUAACUCAGAGCUAUCCGCCCUCACCUGUGAUGAAGAGGGAAAUGUCAUUGACUGGGAUCAUCGCUUUUGGACUAUCCCAGGCGUUUCCACGCAGACCGACAGCACGCUCAGCUGCAGUACAGCCAUACCAAGUCUUCCCCCACAAACCCCAAGUUGUGCUUCCCCUGGACUUGGCUGCCCAGCAACAUUAACCGUUACCAACGCAUCCAUUGCCACCACUAACAUGAUUUCUACUAAUGCAACAGCCCACGAGGGUCUUUUCUACAGGAUAUCCCUUGUGGUAAAAGAUGCAGAGACAAACACCCCGGAGAGUGAUGUUGAAACCAUGAUAGCUCAGUGGCUCAACCAAACGUUUCAGAACUGGAUCUACAAAGUGUACAUUGAUAAUGUCAGACUCGGAUCGAAUACCCUUCUUUCAAGAUCUGCAACUAUACGGUAUACCUGCAUGGCCCUGCUGGUGUACACGAAUACCUUAAAUGCAGAUCUGGCAGUGGGAAAAGUUGAAAACAAAAUGCUAAGUGCCACUGCCAUUGGGAACGGCUUGAUCUUGGACAGUGUGACUGUGAGCUUAAUGGAAAAUUGCCAGUCAGUGGAGGUUCCAUUCCACUACAGAUGGCCGGAGAGCCGACCCACAGUCAGCCAGUAUGUGCCCUGUUUCCCUUACAAAGAGCAGAAUGCAUCCAGGACUUGCAUGAUCAGUCCAGAUAAUUACACAUCAUUUUGGGGGCCCCCGGACCUUAGAAACUGUACGGAUAUAGAGGACAUUCCCGUGACACAAGAGAACGCAAUAGACGUGACUAUACAGCUCGCAGAUAUUACCAACAAUGAGCUCUCUACGGAGGAAGUGAAAAAGGUUGUCGACAAAGUGAAGGAGCUGGUCAACAUGGUCAAAAUCAACGCCACACUGGCCAGAAACGUAGUUGAGAUUAUAUCCAAUGUGAUGACCAGCUCAGAGACCGCUCAGCUGGCUGCUUCAGAAAUAGCUCUCAAAGCAGUGGAUGAACUGGUGCUGAAGGUUGAAUUUGAUGGACCCUCGUUGACCAUUAAAUCCAAAUAUCUGGCUGUGGGGAUUUCUGCCUUCAAUGCCAGCAGUUACAACGGGAGCACGUUCAGUGCAUUUAUAUCCUCUAAUACGACAGAUCCUCAGAUUGAUUUGGAGUCCGAGGCCCAGAAUGCUUUGGCUGUGGUCACUUUACCUCCCACACUGUUACAGAACCUGAGCAGCACAGAAAUGGAAAGAACGUCCAGAUUACAUUUCAUGUUCUUCAGCAAGACUGGGCUCUUUCAGCACUUUGGAUCAUUCAUGGAUCAUCAAAGAAACGGCCUGUCCCUAAAAAGCUAUGUGGUGGCUAGCAGUGUGGGCAACUUAACCAUCAAAAACCUGCAGGACCCUGUCAGGAUAGAGAUUGCCCAUUUGGAGUUCCAGAGAGAACCAAAGCCUCUUUGUGUGUUUUGGGAUUUCGGCCUCCAAAACGGUUCUGGCGGCUGGAGCAGUGAAGGCUGUGAGGUCAGCCCGGAGUCCAACAGCAACAUGACCAUCUGCUUGUGUAACCACCUCACACACUUUGGCAUUCUUAUGGACAUCUCUGGAGCUUCUGCGCAGAUUGAUGCGAAGAACAACAGAGUUCUUACCUUUAUCACUUACAUCGGCUGUGGCAUCUCUGCAAUCUUUUCAGCUGCAACACUGCUCACAUACAUCGCUUUCGAGAAGUUGCGGCGGGACUAUCCCUCCAAGAUUUUGAUGAAUCUCAGCACAUCCCUGCUCUUCCUCAACAUGGUGUUUCUUCUGGACGGCUGGCUGGCAUCUUACGAGAUGGAGGGGCUAUGUGUGACAGUGGCGGUCUUUCUGCAUUUCUUCCUUCUUACAUCCUUCACCUGGAUGGGCUUGGAGUCCAUCCAUAUGUACAUUGCCUUGGUGAAGGUUUUCAACACGUACAUACGGCGAUACAUCCUCAAGUUUUGCAUUGUUGGGUGGGGUGUCCCUGCUGCGAUUGUUGGCAUCGUGUUGGCUGUCAGCAAAGACUCCUACGGAAAAGAAUAUUAUGGAAAAGGAGAGAACGGACAGAGCUCAUCUGAAUUCUGUUGGAUUCGAACCAAAGCGGUUUUCUACGUGACAUGCGUGGGCUACUUUUCCAUGAUCUUCCUAUUGAACGUUGCCAUGUUCAUAGUGGUCAUGAUUCAGAUCUGCGGGCGUAACGGCAAGCGCAGCAACCGGACGCUGCGAGAGGAGAUCUUGCGUAACAUGCGCAGCGUGGUCAGCCUGACUUUCCUGCUUGGCAUGACCUGGGGCUUUGCCUUCUUCGCUUGGGGUCCAGUCAGCCUGGCCUUUAUGUACCUCUUCUCCAUUUUCAACUCCCUUCAGGGGUUAUUUAUAUUUGUGUUCCACUGUGCUAUGAAAGAAAAUGUACAGAAACAAUGGAGAAGAUACUUAUGCUGUGGAAAGUUCCGUUUAGCGGACAAUUCAGAUUGGAGCAAGACUGCCACUAAUAACACUAAGAAAGUGAGUUCUGAUAAUCUGGGAAAGUCCCUUUCGUCCAGUUCUUUUGGCUCUACCACAGCAAACUGGACAUCCAAAGCCAAAGCCACGCUAAACCCCUUUGCCAGGCACAGUAAUGCAGGUAAAAGUUUCUCCAAUCAGAGCAGCCCAAAAAGCAGCCCUUCCGAAGGGGAGGCGUCCUCAUCCAUACGUCCCGUGCAUCAGGUCCUGGACAAAGUGAAGGGCUACUGCUCGGUGCGAUCUGACAACUUCUACAAAAACAUUAUAAUGUCAGACAGCUUUAGCAAUAGCACCAAAUUCUAGAGAGAGGGGCUAAAGAGAGGUUGUAAAGACAAAAUCAUGUUCAUACUCUAUCUUAUGAAUCCAACCCAACCUUCCCCAUCAGGAGUAGAAAUGUAUAACCCUGUAGAGAGGGACAGCUAUGAAAGUGUGGAUUUUACAUACUGUGAUAUUCAGCUUAUACUGACUUUGUGAUCUGUAAAUAGUCAUAAUAUAUUUUACUGUUUGUGCCUUUUCUAAUUUCUGUUUUGCGUACUUUCUUUUUGCACAUCAGUUUUGAGUCUUUUUGUAUAUAUACUGUGUAAAUGCUUGCUACGGUAUUCUUCGGAGAGAGUCAGCGGGACCAUUUGGUAUCCAAAGACUAAGGUAUAUUUUCCCAUCUGUUGGGGACUAGAAGAACAAGAUAGGUGGGAGCCUGAAUCGUCUCGCUUGUGAAUUUUACUCUGGUUUUGUCAGAGGUAGCUAUUCUUAUCCUAAGCAGCAGUCAUGUAUACAUUUUCACUGUACAUUAGCGAGUCUUUAAAGCUUAUUUAAAUCCCCUCUGUUUUAGACUUCCCAGGAUCUACUACUGAUUAACAUAAUACAGAAAAUUGUUGAUGUUUUUUUGCAAAGUGGUCAUUGUUCUUGUGUUUGAGUGUGUGCAGUUAUACCAAAAGCAAUAUUUAGGCUAGCAAUGUAAUUCUCUAUGUCCGAGACCUCUGUUGUAUAUGGCAAUGGAAAACAACAGCUUGACAUCAAAUCUAACACGUUCAUUUGCUGUAGUUUAAUGACAUUGUUAUUGUGACUUGGUAUUUAUUUGAACGAUUUUCAAAACAUGUACGUGCUUCAGUCAAGAAAGUGUUAGUAGAGUACAUGCUUAUCAAGGGCUUUUCAGUUUGUUCUUGUGUUCAGUGUAGAUCAAUGUGUAGCGUUUAUGGAUGCUUUAUUGAAAAUGUGACAUCCUGCUUAUUAAAUGCACGUAAGCCA